AUGUCCAAUUCUCUCUCGCAGGCCGCCCACGGCACCCCCCAGAACCCAUACUCGUCAGCUAGCCGCUGGCGUCACCAGGAAUCGAGCUCCUUCUCCCGCCAUGCCGUUUCGCAUCCGCAUCCAGAUGCCGCUGCCGCGCAGGCGCACAUUGACGGCGUGGCUCCCCAGGGCCUCAACGGCGACGGUCCUGUUUCCAGUGGCGACAGCAGCGAGGUCGUCUGCGGCCCCCUGCUCAACUACUGCCACAUGCAGGACGGCCAUUGGGAGGGCAGUGUGCUCAUUGUCCUCAACGGCGGCGGCAAGAAGCAGGGCCCGGUUCCGGUGUUGAGCUUGCAGCGAGCCGGCGCCCGCGGUCAAGCUGGCGCGGAAGCUGCUGGCGCGCCGGUGAAGCAGAUCUCGGGCUUUCGCCUCUACUCUGACCCGCGCAACACGUUCUGGCGCUUUGAUAUCACCGUGCCUAUGGAGCCGACCGAGGUUCAAUACGCCUACGAGUUCCCCGGUCUGCGAUUCUCCAACCCCGAGAAGCCCCAAGUCAACCGCUUCUCUGUCCCUGCGGCCGGCGAAUCUAUGCGCCUCAUGUUUCAUUCUUGCAACGGCUUCAGUGUCGGCACCGACGAAGAGGCCUUCAGCGGCACGCCUCUUUGGAAGGACGUCCUUCGCAAGCACGAGGCGGCCCCGUUCCACGUCAUGCUCGGCGGCGGCGACCAAAUCUACAACGACGGCAUUCGUGUCAGUGGUCCGCUGCGGCCCUGGACAGACAUCUCGAACCCCAAGAAACGACGCGAUUUCCCUUUUUCUGAACAGCUACGGGCUGAAUGCGACGAUUACUACCUGAAGAAUUACCUUCGCUGGUACAAUACCGCGCCGUUUGCGAUUGCCAAUGGCCAGAUUCCCCAGGUCAACAUCUGGGAUGACCACGACAUUAUUGACGGCUUCGGAUCAUAUGUCAACGACUUCAUGACUUGCGACGUUUUCCGCGGCAUUGGUGGCACCGCGCACAAGUAUUACAUGAUCUUCCAGCACCACCUAGCGCCGCCUGUCUCGACAUAUACAUCCGGUAAGACGCCCACAGUUCGGAUGGGAGCAGAUCCGGCGCAGCAGGUGGACACGUUUGUCGCCGAGCAGAAUCCCGGUUCGCAGUACAUUAUCGGAGCAAAGCCAGGCCCAUAUGUUGCCGAGCGAUCAUUCAACAUGUAUGCGCGCCUCGGCGCUCGCAUGGCCAUGCUCGGCAUAGACGCACGAACAGAGCGCACGCGCCACCAAGUCAACUAUCCCGAGACAUAUAAGCUGCUGUACCAGCGUCUGCGCGAUGAGCUGCAAGCGGCCGCCAGCUCUGAGCAGCCCAUUGACCACUUGAUUCUCCUGUUGGGUAUUCCCAUCGCCUAUCCGUUUCUAAGCCGUCGUUUUGGAAUCGGCGGUGGUCUGUUCAACCAUUUUGACGGCAGCGUUGAUCUUCUCGACGAUCUCGACGACCACUACACGGCCAAGACUCACAAGGCGGAGCGUCGCGAGCUCAUCGAAAGCAUGCAAAAGAUUGCCGCGGAAUACAAUGUCCGCGUGACGAUUCUCGGCGGCGAUGUGCAUCUGGCGGCGCUCGGUCGCUUCUACUCGAACCCCAAGCUCAAGAUUCCGGUCGAGGAAGACAGCCGCUACAUGGCCAAUAUUGUGUCGUCGGCGAUUGUGAACAAGCCUCCGCCGCAGGCCGUUGCCAACCUGCUGGCGCGCCGCAACAAGAUCCACCAUCUCAACGAGCAGACGGACGAGACCAUGCUGGACCUGUUUGACCGGGAUCCCGGCAGCACGCCCAAGACGGCCGGGCACAACAAGUGCACAAUGCCCAGCCGCAACUUUGCCAUGAUUACCGAGAACUCGCCCAACAAUCCCGCGGCGGCGGCGGCGGCGGUGACCAACGGCGCGACGGAGACGAAGAGCUUUGUCGGCAAGGACGGCCAUGCGCAGAUGCACCAGGGCGAGGUCGGCGCCGGGACGGGACACAGAGCGGCGAGCGACGCGUUUGGGCAGGGCAACGACGGCAGCCUCGACAUUCGCAUCAAUGUCGAAAAGGACCAGCACAAUGCGGAGGGGCCUACGCAGGCGUAUGGCUUAACGGUGCCAGUAUUGCGCAAAAGGGCGGCUGGGGGUCCCCAGUAA